AUGGAUAAAGCGUCAACCGCUUCCAUCCAUAGUAUAAACACGCAGCAGAAUCUCGAGCAGAGCUUCGCUGAAGCCUCCGACGUGUACGGUAACCAGUGGGGUGGAAAUAUGCAUAACGCCGCGAAGGCGCUCGUGGGCUCAGCUCAAAUGUCUCCUGAAGACGCCAUCCUUCAAGCCGCCUCCCACAUCCAGUCGACAGGAAGGGAGUACCAGAUGGAUCCAUCCAUGGAUGCCUCCAUGGCUCACUCGGUCUCGUUCCAACACGAUGGCAGCUUUGUCAGACGCGACUUGUCGGCUAGUCUCUCCAUGACAGAGCUCGGAGGCUUUACGGAUCACGAUAGCCAAAUGCUCGAUGCUAAGCAAGAUGAUAUGUUGGACGCCGCUCCCCAAGCUGCUAUUCCCAAGGCUACGUCGAGCCGUAGCAGUGCCAAUAAUGAACGGGAAAUGCAGCAACUAUUUGUCGCCAACAAGCACCGAGCACUCCAAGAUAUCGCCCGUGAGCUCCAUGGCAAUGAACGCGGGCCUAACUCGGAGAGGCAGCGACAGGUGUUUGCCAUGCUCUGGAUCAAUCAAGUCUGUGCCCGAGGCAAGGGCUCUGUCCCGCGCGGCCGAGUGUACGCCAAUUACGCCUCGCGAUGCGCUACAGAGAGAAUAACCGUUCUCAACCCAGCGAGCUUUGGAAAGCUCGUGCGAGUGCUGUUCCCGGGUCUGAAGACGCGACGCCUUGGCGUUCGCGGCGAGUCCAAAUAUCAUUAUGUCAACUUCACAUUGAUUGAGGACCAGGCCGAGCUUGCCGAGCCCGAGAUCCCUCAACCACUCACUCUGCCGGAGGUCUCGAGCUUUGCCCAGAGUUUCAAGAGUCACUACCGUCGACCAACUGCACUCGACAACAUCAAAGACGAGCCUCGACCUGAGCUUCUCGCCAACGCCGGACGACCGGGCACUGACCGCGACGCGGCCAAAUCGCUGGCUGCCCUUUACCGAUCUCACUGCACAUCGCUGCUCGAGUGCAUUCGCUACUGCAAAGAAAAGACCUUUUUCCACCUUUACACCUCCUUCCAGGGAACCCUCACUAUGCCCGUCCACAAACUUCUUGGAUCACCGAGUGUAGCGCAAUGGAUUGAAGAGUGUGACUUCAUCCUCUACCAGCGAAUGAUGCGGAUCAUCUCGAGUCUCACACUUCAGGUAGUACCGAAACCUGUCUUGGACACGCUCAGAAGCAUCUCCGAGCGACUUGUACCCCAUAUUCGGGAGUCCUUCCAGGGUCAACCGGCUCAUGUCAUCAGGGCGAAGGAGGCGCCGGCCACCAUAUUCGCAGCCCUGAUUGAUCGCGCCCUUAGAGUCAACCUCACUGCACAUGCCGCGGCCAAUAUGCUUUCUAACCCAGCGAACCGCGACCAAAUGUAUCACGACUGGAUCUCCAUGGUGCGAGUAAGAAAGGUCGCAGAGUGCGUACCUACCCGGGGGAUGGAUGACCUUGUCAAGCUUCUCCUUUCGGAGAUUCGCGAUCUACUUGACCCUGUCAACGUACAAUGGGAAUUUGAAUGCAUGACGAUAUACGGCGAUGUGGCUGCGCGAAACGGACAAAAGACGACCCCGGAGGAGAGCACUUCUACGGCAGGCUCGCACAACGUUCUCGACAGAUGGGUUGCCUUCCUGCGGUCGCUGCCCGGGAGGUUUCCCUACGCCUCAGCAACAGACGUUGUCUGGUGUGUGCAACGCGUAGGAACGGCCGUGAUGCGGGAUCUCACACUUGCGCAAGGCAAGAGCUUUGGUUCUUGGUGGGUCACAAAGUGCUGGAUUGACGAGAUGGUCAGCUUCAUGGCCGAGCACGGAGGGUUCAUGAGGCAGAAGAGUGCGCAAACCCCAGUCGCGACCCAGGGACCUCAAGCCGCCACCAAGGAGGCCGCUCAGUCCGGGUCGGGAGCGGGGUCCCGGUACAGCAGCGGGAGCGAUGACUUCAACAACCUCACAAACAUGUCCCAGCCCCAACCGGACCAAGCCAAGUUUCCGCAGAGGGGGAACGGGACGCAAGACAACAUGGUCGAUAUGGAUGGAAACCCACAUGACGAUAGCGGCAUUGGCAUUCGCACGCCCGAGGAGGAGUUCCCCUUGAAAAAACCGGGACGAGAGGGAGGAAAUCGGACUGGCACGGCUCUGCCCCAGGUUACCGUUCCGAUUCCGCCCUCGUCUGUGGCUUGUGACGUUGACAGGCCUCGUCAGAAGCUACAACUCCAUCGUGGUGGUGUCGAUAUCUCUCAAGCCGACACUCAGGGCAGCAGCGAGACCACAGGCUAG